UGUUUGCAGUGGCUCUGACAUGUAUCAAGUACGUCGACCUGCGGACAAGAUGUCAUCAUUUGACAAAGAAAAGGGACUGGCAGACGACUUAGUGCUGAAGUUUGUCAAAACAUUCGUCAAGAAACAGGGGUAUCACAAGUUGCAUGCUCCUUGGGGCGCGAAGGAUAUGGAUGAAGUCAUCGACUACAUCUACGCGUUUGCCAAAAAGUUGCCGGACAUUUCCAUAGAUGACGGUAUUUCCCUGGUAGAAGACGUAUUGGGCGUGUUCCUGGUUGGCUUGACUCUUGAAGAGAUCAAAGACCCCAACGAACCAGGAGACUACAAGAAAGUGGACGAUGCGUGGAGCAUUUGGGAACCCGGCCUAGGAGGAAAUGAACUAUACGGUCAGUUGUAUUUGUUACCACAGGCCAGCAUCCUUAAUGUAUGCGACUUGGUGGCAGAGAUUACGGGCGUCCAAUGCCCUGACAAGCUGCAAGAUCUGGAACUGCCCAUUAUUCAAGGCCCAGCAUUUCCAUUAUUUGACUACAGCAGAGUUCAUAAUUCAAUCAAUGACUAUUCAAUCAGUAGUGAUGAAAAACUUCCAAUAAAUACGUAUAUUAAAAACAAGAACGAUCACAGCUACGUAGUUUUCUCUAAUCUAUGGGAAUCAGAUGGUAAUACUGCACUUGCCCUGGAUGACUGCAUAUCCAAGGGAAAUGCACUUGGUUUUGAUCUAAUUGAUUGGAAAACAUCCACUCAGCGGGAUUUGAGUAAAUGUUGUUAUAGUGGGAACCGUGCCAUUUCCUUAGUCAAAGAAGGGGAAGUGACAAAAGAUUCGGAGUCCAACCUGAUCGAGUACCAGCUGACAGGCGUCUUUAGUUUCCAAUGCGAUAGCGAUGGGUUGCAAGGUUCUAAUUAUGAACCUUACGGGUACUUCUAUAUUAGUGCCGGAAGUAGAAACAUAAAUCAAAACUAUAAAAUAUGGGAGGCCAGAGCUAAUGCUAUCUCGCUUACAAAUGGUGGCAUUUAUCGCCAACCUUUUAUGGUCAGAUUUCAAGAAAGUGAACACUUUAUGGAUGAGGUUAAUAAUAAGAUAACUUUGCACGGGCACGUGAAAGAGGACGAUACAACUGGUGACGAUGUAAUUGGGAAUUAUGAUGGGAAAACCUAUGAAGCAAAUACAUUGAGUGAGUUAAAGAAAUUGGAGUUUAGACAAGACUCAGAAGACAUAGUUACAAUAGAAUUGAGGCUAAUUCCCGUAACCGCUGUCGAAGAACCUGCAGUUUUGAAAGAUUACGUACUUUCUGGUAAUUUUGAGUUUUCAUGUGAUAACGAUGGGGUACUGCAGAAUUGGUACGAGCCGUACGGUUCAUUCUCAAUAGAUAUUGGUAACAGACCCGAAAAUCAGGGCAAGGAAGUAUGGCAUUGGGUUCGCAACGAACAUGAAGUCAAGUGCUGGGAAAGUGUUGAACAAAGCUUCUCAUUCGAUUUUAAGGAAGUGGAAGACUUCAUGUCUUCAGGAAACACCAAGGGUAAGGUGAUACUGCACGGGAAAGUUUUAGAACUUGACACAGGCAAUUCUGAUGUUAUUGGGGACUAUGACGGACAAACCUACGACGCCUAUACCUUAGCAGAGAGGAAAACUGACAAAUUCUCUCCAGACUAUCAAGACAGGGUUAUCAUCAGUUUACAGAUCACUGACAAAACAAGUGCGCCUGCUAAAACACAGUUACCAAAGCAAGGCCCUAAAGUGGUCAAAAUGAACUCAGAGACAGAACGUCAGGCCGUGUACAGGAUUAUGCACGCUAUUUUCCCAUUAAACAGGGGAUUGCGCAAGGAUAGGAACGCAGACAAAACUCGUCAGGAAUUGUAG